AUGAAGGCUCCCACGACCCUGCUGGCCAUGGCUGCCAUUCUCUGCCAGGGCGUGGCUGCUCUGCCCGCCGCCGGCUGGACCGGUACCGCCGUCACCCCGGCCAAGGUGAUUGCCCGUGCCAAUGCCACUCCCUCUGCGUUCCCUGGCGCCGAGGGAUUCGGUCGCAACUCGAUCGGUGGCCGUACGGGAAAUGUGUACAAAGUGACCAAUCUCAACGACUCUGGCACGGGAUCCCUCCGCGAUGCCGUUUCUCAACCCAACCGAAUUGUCGUCUUUGAUGUAGGCGGUGUCGUGAAGAUUGACGCCCGAAUCGUUGUGUCAAAAAAUAUCUACAUUGCUGGACAGACAGCUCCAGGAGGUGGUAUCACGAUCUACGGAAACGGCUUCUCCUGGUCCAAUGCCAAUGAUGCCAUUGUCCGCUACAUCAGAAUUCGUAUGGGAAAGGGAGGCGACUCCGGCAAGGACGCCAUCACCAUUGCCGAUGGCAAGAACAUGAUCUUCGACCACGUCUCCGUCACGUGGGGAAGAGAUGAGACCUUCAGUAUCAACGGGGACGUGUCUAAUGUAACCAUAGCAGACUCCAUCAUCGGCCAGGGCCUAGAGACUCACUCGUGUGGCGGCUUGAUGCAAACCAACGAGGGUGGCGUGUCCCUCUUCAGGAACCUCUACAUUGACAACAAGACGCGCAACCCAAAGGUUAAGGGCGUCAACUCCUUCAUCAACAACGCCGUCUACAACUGGGGCGGCGGAGGCGGCUACAUUGCCGGAGACUCCGAGGGAGCGAGCUACACAAACAUUAUCAACAACUACUUCAUCUCGGGGCCAUCCACCUCCGUCACGGCCUUCACCCGCGGCAACGCCAACUUCCGCGGCUACGUACAGGACAACUUUUACGACUCGAACCGCGACGGCGUUCUCAACGGCGCCGCCCUCUGCGUCUCGACGACAUGCUACUCCAACAUGGCCAUCCAGACCACCGCCUUCGACUACCCUGCCCCGGCCAACGUCCUCACCGCCACCGAUGCCGUCGCCCACGUCGCCGCAAAGGCAGGCGCCUCCAUCGUCCGCGAUGCGGUCGACGCUGCUCUGGUCAAGGAACUCCUUUCGUACGGAAAGUCCGGCAAACUCAUCUCCGACGAGGCUGACAUGGGUGGCGCCGGCGAUAUCGCGGCCGGUACGGCCAAGAAGGAUACCGAUGGCGACGGCAUCCCCGACGAUUACGAGUCUGCCAACGGCCUGAACCCGAAUGACGCCACUGAUGGUAUGAAGAUUGGCGCUGGCGGCUAUACGAACCUCGAAAUCUACGUCAACUCGCUCGUUCCUGCAGUUUACUAG